AAGUAACACUGCAGGAGAGGCUGGUGCUCAAGCAAGGCCUUCACUGAUGAGUCAGGCAAUCAAGCUUUUUACAACCUUCCCCUUGACUUUCUGUCGAUCAAAAACUGUCCCACAUGGAAUAUCAUCAGCUGAGGACUCCACAGAAUGGAGCAAGAAUGAACAGAAAGUGGCUGAAAGAAAAGCAUGAACUGGAGGUUUAUUGAAUUCAUCUACUUACUGUUUAUAUGGGACCAUAUAACAGUAAAGCCUUCCCACCAGGAUCCUACAGCCACCCAGAACCAUGUCACCAAGCAGUUUGAUUGGCUUAUAUCGGACAGGGGUCCUUUCCACAACUCGAGGGGAUACUUAUCCUUUGUGGAAAGAUAUCGUCAAGGAUUUACAACCAGAUAUAAAAUAUAUAGAGAAUUUGCACGUUGGAAGGUGAGAAAUACUGCAGUCGAAAGGAGGGACUUAAUCCGGAACCCUAUCCCACUAAUGCCAGAAUUCCAGAGAAGUAUUCGCUUGCUUGGAAGAAGGCCCUCAACCCAGCAGGUGAUUGACACCAUCAUCCGAAAAUACGGAACACAUGUCCUGUCAUCUGCAGUACUUGGAGGUGAAGAAGCACUUACCAUGUACAUGGACAAAAGCAAGUUAGAUAGAAAGUCAGCAAACGCCAGUCAGAGUGUGGAGGCCCUCCAUCAACUAGCCUCAUCCUACUUCAUCGAUCGUGACGGGACCAUGCGGCGACUUCAUGAAAUACAAAUCUCUACCGGAGCAAUCAAGGUGACAGAGACUCGGACUGGACCUUUGGGGUGCAGCAGUUAUGAGAACCUUGACUCAGUGAGUUCCGUUCUACUGCAGAGUCCUGAGAGCAGACUGCAUUUGCAAGGUCUCCAGGUUGUUCUUCCUGAUUACCUGAGGGAGAAGUUUGUGCAGUCAGCCCUGAGCUACAUCAUGUGCAAUGGAGAGGGUGAAUACAUCUGUAGGAACAGUCAGUGUGCUUGUCAAUGUGCAAUGGAAUUUCCGCAAUGCAACUGUCCUACCACUGACAUCCAGCUUAUGGAAAAUACACUGGCAGGACUUUCUGAGGCCUGGAACACGGCUUAUAAAGAUUUUGAAACAUCAGAUGAGUUCAAGUCCUUCUUGAAGCGUUUGCCCACCACACAUUUCCUGACAGUGGGGAGUGUCCACCAGCUCUGGGGCAAUGACUGGGAUCUUCAGGCACGGUUCAAAAUGCUCCAGAGCUCUGUGGAGACACUGAAGCUUAAAAUCCAGCGCACAGCCCGCAAGCUCUUCAGCCUCAGUAUCCGCUGCCGUCACAACCCCAACCACCAGAUGCCUCGAGAAAGGUCAGUCCAUCAGUGGCUGAACCGAGUACAGUCUUUCCUGUACUGCAGUGAAAACGGUUACUGGGGCACCUUCCUUGAGAGCCAGAAGAGCUGCGUGUGCCAUACAGUGGCCAACGUGUGCCAGCGGACCAUCCCCUGCAACAUCGGCAGCAACAGCAGCUGCGCCAUGUGCAGCCUGGCCAACAUCUCCCUGUGCGGCUCUUGCAACCGAGGCUUCAAGCUGUACCGAGGCCGUUGCGAGCCUCAGAAUGUGGACUCAGAGCGCAGCGAGCAGUUUGUCAGCUUUGAGACGGAGUUGGACUUUCACGACCUGGAGCUGAAUUACCUCCUGGCAAAAAAGGACUCCCGGUUGUCCAUCCAGACCAUGUUCAUCAGCAACGAGAUCCGCCUGGACACCUUUUUUGACCCUCGAUGGCGGAAGCGGAUGUCGCUGACCCUCAAAAGCAACAAGAACCGCGUGGAUUUUAUCCACAUGGUGGUGGGCCUCUCCAUGAAAAUCUGUCAGAUGAGAAACAGCAGCCUGGACCCGGUAUUUUUUGUUUACAUUAACCCCUUCAGCGGCAGCCAUUCAGAGGGCUGGAAUACGCCAAUCGGCGAACAUGGUUACCCCACCUGGGAGAAAACGAGACUGCACGAUUCACCCUGUUACAACUGGACCUUGCUGCUGGGCAACAGGUGGAAGACAGUCUUCGAGACUGUGCACGUCUACCUGCGCAGCCGGGCCAAGCUGCCAGCUUCCCUGCGCAACGAGACGGCCCAGGGCCCCGUGGACCUCUCAGACCCCAACAAGCGGCAGAUCUACAUCAAGAUCUCGGACGUGCAAGUGUAUGGCUACAGCCUGCGCUUCAACACCGACCUGCUGCGCAGCGCAGUCCAACAGGUCAACCAGUCGUACGCGCAGGGGACGCAAUUCCAUUCCUCAUCUUCAGUCAUGCUGCUGCUCCUGGACAUCCGGGAGCGCAUCAACCGGCUGGCCCCUCCAGUGGCUGCGGGUAAGGCGCCUCUGGACCUCUUCUCCUGUAUGCUCAAGCAUCGCCUGAAGCUCAACAGCAGCGAGGUCAUGCGUGUCAACCAUGCCCUGGACAUGUACAACUCGGAGAUUCUAAAACAGGCGGAUCUGCUGACAACGAAACUUUGUUGACACUUUCCCAUGGGAUUUGUAAGAUGUACAGUUGCAAAAAACAAAACAAACACACACACACACACACACACACACACACACACACACACACACAUAUCACGGUGUGAUUUCUUGACGAAGCACGAGGAAUCCACGGGGACUCACCAAAUCAAUUUGUCCAAGCAUGUUUCUUAUCUCUUCAGACAUGGGCACCUUUUUUGUUCCCAUUUUAAGCAAGGGGAGGCCUUUGAGGACCUGUAAAGCGGUCAGGAGUACUCGUUGUGAACUACUGCCAUUCCAAUAUAUUGUUGACAUUCUUAUGAUUUCACAGGUGCACAUGCUAGCUGGUACCUAGCGUGAAUUUGUACAGAAAAUUUAACAGAAAAAUAAGUUCCACUGGGGCAAAUAAGGCAUUUUAAAAACAAAAUUAAGGAAAAUGUUAAGUAUGAGCACACGUGGAGCUAAACGUGGGGAACAUAGGAGCUUUUUGAGAUGGGGGGUGUGGGCAAAAUUAGGAGCUAUUUCAUUGAGUCAAUUGACCAUGUUCAGCAGCACAGUAGGUCCUUUAUAGCAACAACUGGACCCAGGAAGUACUACAACAUAGCACCAAAUAUUUGUUGCACCAAUUUCGCUCCAUGUAGUUGAACAACUGCCCCGUUAAGGGGCUGUUCACGAGCAUCUAAUUAAUUAAACACCUGCAACAAAUUCAGAAUUAAAGGGACCCAGUGGGUUUUUCACACUGAUGGAUACUAAAUAUUGCAGCCAAAAAACAAUGCAGCGAAUAUUGCCCUUUCCAUCAGGCAUUUAGAUCAGCAGUCAAAAUAUGCCUCCAACGGUAUUGACUCAGCAUUGGUUAAUGAUCAAACAGUCAGCACUUCAGCAAAAACCUAAUUGGAAAAGCUCAAGAGGGGCCACAGGUCACCUGGUAAAUUGAGAAAUAAAGAUUCAUAAGUUGACAGUGUUUACCCCUCACUGUUUGAUUAAUGAUUUACAGAUGUUUAAGGGCUGUCCACUGACUUAAUAAUUCAACAUGAGCAUCGUUCUCUUCAUCAUCAGUACAAAAUGCUUGGAGGGAGCUGGUAGUAUUUUACUUAGUCUCAAUAAUAAAGAGAAAAAGCUGAAAAUGCAAACUGGACCAGGCAGCUUUUAAAAAAGGAAAAGACUGGCCAGUUUUUGUGUGGGAGAUACUUCCUUCAUGGGAGACUCAAUUUUACUCUGUCAGAUGCUGACUAACCUGUGCAUUUCCACCAUUUCUUUUUUUUACACUUCAGAUUUCCAGUAUCGAUUUUCUUUUUGUUCAAUUAUUUUAUCUCUAACUUUUUUUUACUUUUGAAAGCCUCCUCUCCCUGCGGGGCAUCUUAUUUUUGGUUGCAGACUGCUUGACUUCUGUCGGUGCAGUUCGAUAGUGGGAGUUCUGGGCUUGCAUGUAGUUUUUUUCUUCCCUUUGGGGUAUCUCCUUGGCUCUGGAGCCUUGAGAACAAUGAACUUUGUCACUUGUGUGAAUGUCGGAUUCUAGUAUCCAGGCAGUUUGGGCUGGGAAAAAUGAAUGGUCCAAGUGAAGCAGCUGAUCAGUUUCCUCACACACCACCUCCCCUCUCAGCCCUAAAGAUGAACUGUGAAAAUGUGAUACAGUUAACACCAAAUGCAUUGUGAAAUUGUAAUUGAAAGGAAUUAGACUUGAGGUGUUCCUAUUAUUCUAGGGCCUGAUAUGCAACGGAUAAUAAUCCCAUAUUUUAUCCUUUUGUAUCCAUGGGCUUUACAGUGGAAAAAUAGCUAAUCAUAAUUCAUGAAGUACAGCGUUAUUCCUGUCCUCAACUUUGUUUCUGUGCAUUGGUCAUCCUCCCUUGUUGUCGGGAGUCUUACUCAUCUUAAAAACUGAGUAGCCAGCAGUUGUGCCUCACAUACUCUGGUUCCUACUCCCAUUUCAAUUUUUAUUAUUAGCUGUCACUUGUGUUCAUAAUUCUACCAAUCCUUUAAACCUAUUUAAUGAAAAAGCUUCUUUUGUGAAGAUUAUUGUUGUGAAUGAUUUAUUUAUCAUGUUCUUUAAGAAAUAUAAGAAAGUAAAAGCUGAACAAUUGCUUAUGUUAUACAAGUUCCGAUUAUUUUCAGCAAAUAGCAUCUUUAAUAUUGGUUUCAGUGUUUCCCCACCUUUGCACAAUACUGCUAGAGUUUCUCCAACAAAGUCUGGUUUUCUCAGAAUUAAAAGUGACACUCUCCCUGCCAAGUUCAAGCAUUGAUUGGGGUAUUAUCAUUCACGCCUGCACCCUGUGCGUUUGGAAAGUGGGAAUGGUUGCCAUUCCCAAUCACCAUACAUUGGUGGAAAUGCACAAUGUUUGUGAGGUCAGGAAAAGCGUCGCUGUGGAUACUUUGUUUUCUUUCCCUGACCUCCAACCCCUGCCCCAGGAUGGGAAGCCCUGUCCUUCAUGACAUUUGGAUGAGCUAUUGGAGAGGUGGCUGUGGAAUUCUGUUCCCCUCCCCCCACCCUGCAACCAGCUCCCCUGCAAUGAGACUCAGUGCCUUUGGUAAUGUAAAUAAUGUUUAUCACCGUUUUCCUAUUUCCCAUUCAAUUUUAGGAUCACCUGGUUUAGGUUGCAUAUUGGCUUGUCAUUCUGGCAUAUGCUUUCUCAGUAUUAGUGGCGUUGGCAGGUGAUGAGAAACAAGUGAAUCAACUGACAUAAACGCAGCAAUUAUGAAUAUUAUGAAUCUGGUGUUUUGUCUAUCAUUGUGAGGAUAUCAUUUAACCAGGCCCUUUGAUCUGGUCUACGUGGAACAAUGUACUUUAUCACUUUACACCAGAGAUAAGAUGGAAGAAGCAGAAAUAUAAGAUUCAGAAGAGGUUUCAUUCUCUAUUUUGUCUGAAUGAAUACACCAUUCUCAUUCAUCCAAACAUUUAUAGGGUGCACUAAGGGGAUUAUUUCAUCAGGAGCACUGUUGACCUUCACAUUCUGAAUCUUGAAAAGCAUCCAGAGCCUGUGUCUGUUCUGUGGGGCUUCAAGGAAUGAUUCAUGGAGUCAAAGUGGUGAGAAACCUGUUUCAAAGUUGAUCAUCUUCUCCUAGGUAUCCUGAGUAGGCUUUGUAAAUAUAGGACUUGCUCAACAAGCUUGCUCAUUUUCUGAGAGAUGCUAAGUAUAACAUCAACAACAUGGUAGUCAACUUGGGAAGUGCAGAUCCUCUCCUUAGCAUCUAGUUGUAGUGUUUAUCCCUCUACCUUCUUGAAGUUUCCAUAUCCAAUACACAGUGAUUAAACACCCAUUAUGUGCUCUCAAUUUUGUGUUCUUUAAUUUCAAUUUUAUUAUAUUCCACCUAUUCUGACCAACAAUGGAUGUUGGCACAGGUUGAUUUAAAUAUGCCCUUCAGUGAUCGCAUCAGUGUAGCCUUUUCAGGAGAACCAACACAGUUUGAUAACGAUAAGGUACAAUUUUGAACCAAAUGUACAUAUGGACAAUGAUCGCUUGAUAGUACAGAACUUAAAUUUUUCUGAAAAGAUAGACAUGUUGCAAAAGCUUUGCAUCUUGUACUCAUCAGGACAAACACAAAAAUGCCAAAUUUCAUUUGAUCACAAUAAUUUAUACUGCAGGAAAAAAGUGUGCUGAUUGGUUGGUAAGCCAACUCUGAAUGGCUGAAGGGCUGCCCUGAAGAAAGCAACAGGGAACUUGCGUCUUUUUUGAAUUACCUGGUAGCUUGGGGAGCCUUGUGUUCUCCAUGGCAACACCUCAGUCAUUCAGGGUCAACUUGCCAAACCAAUCAGCACCCUUUUCUCUUGUAGCAUAUAUUGUUGUGAUCAUUUGAAAUUUAGCAUUCAUGCAUUUGCCCUGAUGAAUGCAAUAUUUCUCUCUUUUCAGCAAUCUAUGGAAGAUACUGUAAAGAAAGUUCAAAUUUUGAAUCUUUUAAAGUCCCCCUUUCAGAGCCUGCCUGUCUUUGCUUUGUCAGACUGAUUGUUUGCAUUGUUGAAUAUUCUCAAUCAACAACCCCAUAAAUUAAUAAGUACCAGCAGCUGUGGCUGAAAGCUGAGAAUAAAACCUGGGGGAGAAUUUUCUCCCCAUUGGGUGGGCCGGUCGGGAGCAGGCAUGGGUGGGUGCAGAGCCAAUUGCUGCCCUCGAUCGGCAGUGAACCGCCAUUUUGUGUGGGCGGGCCAAAUAAGGCCCGUCCAGUGUGACACAAGCUCAGUAGUGC